CACUCGACCUUAAGAAUUAUAUUGUAUUUAUAAUGUGCCAGAUAUGUGAAAUUCGUUAGUUUUCAGUGAUCUUUGGAAAAGAUAUCUAUAACAAGAGGAUGAUAUUCCUAAGACUGUUAUUAAACAGCGCUUUAAUAUUUAUAAUUGGAGAAGCAUUUCUUACAAAAAAGGAAAUAAAAGUGAAAAAUGAUUCGGACUCGAUAAUUGAUUCAACAAAUGAUUCAACAAUUGAUUCAACAAUUGAUUUAACAAUUAAAUUUUCCUUACAACAUUACGUAACACCGCUGCACUAUGAUAUACAUAUAGAAUUACAACAAUUUUUCAAAGUAGAACCAAAAAAUUUCUUUGGCAAAUGUGUUAUAUACAUUAAAAUCGAUAUUCCAACAUCAUACAUAACUUUACACGUCCAAAAGCCACAUAUUGAAAUACAUAAUAAUAUACAACUGGUUGACAAAAACUCAAAAAUAUGGUAUAAAAUCUAUUCCACAGGAAUAUAUAAACACAUAGAAGAAAAUGAUAUUUUUGUUAUUAUUUUUCGAGAGAAAAUAUUAAGUGGUUAUUAUGAUUUGCAUGUGCCAUUUAACGGUUCUUUAGAUGAUAACGAAGUUUUCUUCAAAACUUCCUAUAAAGAUAUAGGACAGAAAAUGUGGAUAGUUGCAACGCAGGCAUUUGCAGCUCGACAAUUAUUUCCAUGUUGGGACGAGCCGAUACUGAAAGCGACAUUCAAUAUUUCUGUAAAGCAUCAUGAUUCAUAUAAAAUUUCCUCGAAUAUGCCGGUACAAAAUGUAGUGAAAGAGAACAAUGAGAUGCAGUGGACACAUUUUAAAAUUACUCCCACAAUGUCCACUUAUUGUAUCGGAUUUAUACUACAUAAUUUCUAUUUAUUUCCUGGUGUAAAUCUAUGGUGUAAAUCGGCAACGUACGAUCUACUGUUCGCGAGAAAUGUUAUUAUGAAUGUUACAACGUACUUUGAAAAUUGGGAAGCUUUCAAGGAAAUCCCGUAUAUACAACAUAUUGCAAUCUCAGGCUUUCGAUAUAACAUAUAUGACAUGGACAAAUGCAAUUUUAUAUUUUACAGGGAAACAGCUAUUGCUUAUAAUGAAGAAAUCGAUUCCGCUGGUCACAAGAUAGAGAUAGCACGUUUAAUAGCUCGCAAAAUGACAUAUCAAUGGUUGGAUAAUCAAAUCAACUCGCCUAAUCUUUGGUUAAAUCAGGGUAUCGCGAUGUUACUAGGAACAGAUAUCGUUAAUAAGAGUUUUUCAGAGUCCCGUAUGACAGAUCUGUUUGUAGUACAAAUUAAACAAGAAUCGCUCCGUUUGGAUUCUGAUCCUCAUUUUUAUCUUCCACUUUCCUGUUAUAUAAAAGCAUCAGCUAUAUUGCACAUUUUGCAACAUAUUCUUACGAAUGAGAAAUUUCGAUAUGGUAUUGAAAUAUUUUAUAACACGUCUGAUACGUCAACAAUUCUUAAUUUUUGGGAGACUAUGCAAAUGGUUUACGGUAUAUCUAUAAAUAUAAAAGAAAAACUGGAUCCUUGGACAAAGCUAAAACAUUAUCCUAUAUUAAUGGUUAGACAAAAACCUAACAUCUUGAAAAUAUCGAUAGAAAAUAUCCAGAGUUUAGAUUUGGAUAGAGAAUUGAGUAUACUCAUAACUAUAACUCAGGAGAGAGCACCUGAUUUUACAAUAUCUUUGGACAAACCUUACUCAUUCUGGUUAUCUUCCUUGAGCAGCAUUGCUUUUAAUUUUCUAUACGAUUCGAAUGAGUGGAUAAUAGUUAAUUUACAACAAAUUGGAUAUUAUCGUGUUAAUUAUGAAACCGACAAUUGGCUAAAUAUUGCGAGAUAUCUAAAUAAUAUUACACUUUAUAAAAAAAUACAUGUUCUCAAUCGUGCUCAAAUCAUCGAUGAUGCAUAUUACUUCGUGAAAACAGGCCAAAUAAAUUUGUCUACAUUCUUGAACCUCACGGAAUAUCUAUCGCAUGAGUCAGAUUAUGUGGCGUGGUAUCCUAUGUUUAAAGCUCUCGAAGACAUGUCAAUUAUCUUUUUAUUUUCGAACGAAGAAAUCAGUCAUUUGAAGGCACAUGUAGCAAAAAGUUUAUAUGAACUUCUUCAGCGUAUAACAUACAAUGAAACACCUAACGACAACGAGCUCAUAAAAUGUUUACGACAAGAAGCUGCUAAAUGGUUAUGUAUUUUCGGUCAUUCCAAUUGCAAAAAUGCAGCCGAGAUGAAAUUGAAUGAUUAUCUCAAACAUAAUGAAACAAAUAUAAUCUUACCAUGGUGGAAAGAAUGGAUUUAUUGUAAUGGUUUGGUUCGAGCAAGUAUUUCUAUUUGGAAUAAAGUAUCGCAAACGUAUACACAAAAACUUGAUAAGAAAAUAUUAAAAUAUCUCACUUAUUCACAAAAUCCAUUUAUUAUAAAUCAUAAAAUGCUAACAAAAGUGCCAAAAGAUCAUUCAGAAGAAAUCCAACACAAUGAUCAUAUUUUUUAUUUUCAUAAUAUUAUUGAAAAACAUGCAAGAGAUGAAACAAUCCUUACCCAUAUAUUACAAAAUUUCAUGAACGUAAAACCCAAACAAUUCAAUACGAUUGCAGCGUUAAUUCAUAUUAUCAAUCACAUAUAUACUGUAGACGUAUUUAUUACGAUAAUACCAUUUCUAGAAAAAAAUUUGAUAGAAAGGGAAUUAAUAAUCAAUGCUAAGGUGGAUUUGUUUAACUCAGAGAUAAAUUCUUUAAAUAAAUGCCUGAAAUCUUUAAUAAAAAAACGAAUUUCGUUUGUCCAUCACAAGAUAAAACUACGCUUAUCUCAAAUCGAAAAUCAAAUAAGUCGUUUCCAUUUUAUAAAAAAUGGAAAAGAGGUUCUAUUUUUGGAUAAAUAUAUAUGUAACGAGAGAAACGAUAUGGCUUUCUUACAAGUGAUAGUAAACAGCGUGUUAAUACUUAUCAGAGAAACUGAAAGACCUUUAAUCAACAAUAAUGGAAUAAAUAAUACAAAUUUAACAACUGAAUACAGUUUACCAGAUUACAUACGACCGAUCCAUUAUAUGCUAAAUAUCCAAUUUUUCAAUGAAGAAAUAAAUAACUUCUCUGGUGAUAGCACCGUAUACAUCAAAAUCGAACAACCAACAUGGAAUAUAAGUUUGCAUGCACAACUGCUACAAAUAAAAAUAAAAAACAUUAAUUUUUUGAAGAAACAGCCAUUUGAUAAUUAUUAUGCUCCAACAGAUAAUAUUACAUUAACGUAUAGUAAUGAAAGUAACAUUCUCAUUUUCCAAUUCUCUAAGGAACUAUCAGAGGGAAGUUAUGUUCUUGAAAUGGAGUUUGACACUAUUUUACAUGAUGGAGAAAAUAUUUUCAAAACUUUCCUCACAAACGAAAACGGAUAUACAUCGUGGUUUUUGGCAACCUCUUUCCAAGCAAUUGGCGCUCGACAAUUAUUUCCAUGUUGGGAUGAUCCAAAAUUUAAGUCCGUCUUUAGUAUAAAUAUAAAGCAUCAUAGAUUGUAUAUAGCUUUAUCAAAUAUGCCGGAAAAUUUAAAUCAAACAGAAAUAACUGUAAUGAAAUGGACACACUUCAAUCUCACUUCUAUGAUUCCCACCUAUCUCGUUGCAUUCUUAGUAACUUCAAAUGACGCGUACGAAGUAACGAAAUUACCUAAAGAGAUAAUACCUAACGAGAUAAUACCUAACGAGAUAAAUAUAUGGUGUAGAGCUAAUUUGGUACCGCAUAUACAAUUUGCGAAGAGCGUUAUUGCAGACGUUAUAUCAUUCUUCGAUGAAAAUAUGGUAGCUAAAGAACAUUUAGAAGAAAUGUUGACAAUGCAACAUGUCCUGAUUCCAAAUCUACCACAUAAUAGCAUAAAAAAAUGGAAACUCAUUUUUUAUAGAGAAACAUCUGUUGUCUAUGAUAAUGAAGUUGAUUCCAUUACGCACAAAAUAGGAAUAGCGCAUUUAAUAACACGCGAAAUGGUACAUCAGUGGCUGAAUAUUCGAAUGAACUCAUCAUCUUGGUGGUCUUAUCAUUGGUUGUACGAAGGUCUUGCUACGUUGUUUGGAACGGAUAUCAUCAACCAGAUUUAUCCAGAAUCUCGCAUGUCAGAACUUUAUGUAGUUCAGAUGCAACAAGAAUCUUUACGUUUGGACACUCAUUCUAUUAUGGAGCCUCUUACAUCAACGAUCUUCAAAUCUUCUGAAAUUAAUUCACUUUUUUCUUUUUCCUAUUAUAUCAAGGCACCUAAUAUAAUGCGCAUGUUGCGAUAUUUUCUUACCGAUGAUGUAUUUCAUGAAGGUCUGGAGAUAUUUUUUAAAAAACAAUCAGCAACUUUGGAUGAUUUCUGGGAUGCUAUGCAAACUGCUUACAAUAAAACGCAAAUAGCUAUAAGAAAAUUUAAUAUAAAAGAAAAACUGAAUCCUUGGGCACUGCAAAAACAUUAUCCUGUAUUAGAAGUUAGAGAACAAGAUGAUCGUUACUUAAACAUAUCGAUAUCAAAUAUCGACAGCUUAGAAUUGAAUAUAAAGUGGUGGAUACCUUUAACUAUAGCUGUAGAAAAUCAUCCCGAUUCUAUAUCUCAGUGGUAUAUAGGAGACUAUCGAUGGAUAACUCUUUCGGGUGCUAAAUUGUUAUUUCCUCACCAAUUGGAAGAAUGGAUAAUAGUUAAUUUACAACAAACAGGAUAUUAUCGUGUUAAUUAUGAAGCUAGCAAUUGGCUAAAGAUUGCAAAAUAUCUACAAAACAAAAACAACUUUACAAAUAUACAUGUUCUCAAUCGUGCUCAAAUUAUCGAUGACGCAUAUCACUUCACGAUGAACGGCCAACUCGAUUCGUCUAUAUUUUUCGAACUCAUAAAAUACUUAUCGCAAGAGAAAGAUUAUGUGGCAUGGUAUCCUAUGUUUAAGGCUCUCGAAGACAUAUCAACUAUCUUACAAUUUCCAGGCAAAAAAAUUGAUGAGCUUAAGACAAGUUUAAUGAGCAAUUUAUAUGAGCUUCUUCUGAAAAUAAAAUACGAUGAAUCAUCUCAAGACGACGAUCUUACAAAAUGUUUAAGAUAUGAAGCCGCUAAAUGGUUAUGCCUUCUCGGUGAUACUGAAUGCAGGAUGAUAGCUAAUUCUAAAUUAAAAAAACAUCUCGCAAAUUCUACAGAAACUAAACUUUUUCAAGAGUGGAAAGACUGGAUAUAUUGUAAUGGUUUAACAGCACCUAAUAGUCACCUGACUUGGGACGCAAUAUGGCAAACAUAUACAUGGAAACUUGAUAGAAAACUAUUAAAAUUUCUUUGUUGCUCGACAAAUGUUUUUACUAUUAAAUAUAAAAUACUAGCGAGCGUGCCAGUAGAUCUUCAUAAACAAAUUCAAGACAUAGAUCAUCUUUAUUAUUUUCAUAAUAUUAUUGAAAUGCAUGCAAAACAUAAUGAAGUGCUUAAUUACAUAUUAACGAAAUUUGUAGAUCUAAAACCCAAACAAUUAAGUGCGAUGGCAGUGUUAAUUGACCUUAUUAACCACGUAUAUUCUGAAGAACAACUUGAGAUGAUAAAAGAAUUUGUGGAACAAAUUAAAGUCGAAAUAACGUUUAUUCCAGAAUAUGACAUUAUUACACAAGAUGAGAUAAAUGAAUGUAUGGCAAAUGUAGUAAAACAAUAUAUUUCGAAAAUCCAUCAUAAAAUACAACAGCGCAGAUAUCAAAUCACGAAUCAGAAAUAUCGUUUUCGACAUCUUCUAUCUACUUAAAAAAAUAAGGAAUAAUUAAACUUGAAUUAUCAAUUUAUUAAAUCUAUGAAUGACAAAAACUGUGCUAUUUCAUUUUUUGAUAAAAAGUUUAAAGCAAUUUAUUUAUGAAUUCUUUGAAAAUUAUUAUGUAUAAAUUUCGUCAAAAGAUAAACUGUCACAUUAUCGUUAAAGAUAUAAUAAUACACAAAUUAUUUAUUGAUAGAUGUAAAAUUUAUUUUAUUUAUUUUUAUAUAUAAUUUGUA